AUGACGUCUUUGUCAAGAAAGCGGAAGAGUAGGCCAUACGAAGCCCAAACACACGAACAACCACCAGUGUCGCAUCAGCCCGACACUGUGUUGUUCAUCCAAGCGUACGAGGCGGACAUCAUACGCGGACCCCAAGCUACGGCAGCCGCCAAGUCGCUGGAGUUCAGAGCAGCUGGGGAGGGUGACCAACCCGGAGAUGUGGGAGAUGGAUUGAUACUGUGGGGUUCGCGAGUCGAGCUGCCGGCGUACGACGUGUCCUCGAACGAGUCAAUGACCUGGUCUCAACGUUCGGACGGCGCGCCCAGCGAUCGGUCUGAAGGCCGUGGUCUGUGGGUGGACAGGUACGAUGCGCGACUUCUGCUCGAAUCUCUGCCCAAUAUAUCCUCUCAGCCGGAGGCCAUCUCAAGAGCCAGUUCCCCAGGAGGGUGGUCUGACCUCCCAUCCGACGCUGAGGACACGUUCUUCUUUACCGCAGAAGAGACAGAGGACUACCGGCGUGACAAGCGGCGUCGCGUGAUGGACCGCGAUCGCGAAGCACGCCUCCGAGCCAUUCGCGCAGAGGAUGGGUCCGACGAGGAGAGAGACCCCAAGGAGAGCUGGGGUGGCAGCGACGAGGAGCCCGACGACGCGCAGCGCGAGUUAAUGCGCCGCACCGCGUCCCACAUUCUGUCCUCACCCAACCCCGCGCAGCUCGAGAUGCGCAUCCUCGCGAACCACGGGGCGGACCCGCGCUUCGCGUUCCUGCGCGGACGGUGGUCGCGUGCGUGGCAGCUGGCGAAGGGGAAGGUGCGUCUAGAGCAGGAAGAGGAGAAGAAGCGGAGGGCGGCGCAGGCGAAGACGCAGAACCUCAUCGGCGGUCUUGCGGGGUAUGGUGACAGCGAUGAGGGGAGCGAGGCCGCAGAAGAAGAAUAUCAGGAGGAUGUCGGGGCAGUACCGUUGGAGAGUCGUGGCACGGCAGAGGUGGCUGGGUCCUCGGAGGUGCCAUCCGAAGCUGAUGAUGCGGUUAAGGCAGCGAGACGUGCGAGGGCGCGAGAAUGGGCCGAGAAGCGGCGGGCUGCAAAGGAGGCAGCAGAUGCUCGAUACAGCGAGUCUUGACGGUGUGCCUCACGUGUUCAUUAGUCCGUUUGAUAACUGAUGGAGUACUGAUGGAGCAGUUUUUCACUAUGUAUAUCGUCU